AUGUAUCUUUUAAAUUCAGAAUAUAAAAUAUCUUAGAGUCUUGGAUCUGGUUCAAAUCAUAUUGUUUUUAAAGCAUAACAUAUUUUAACUUAAUCGAUUUAUGCUUUAAAAAUUGAAAAAAAACCAGGAAUCGGAUAAAUAGAAAAUGAAAUUUAAAUUCUUUAAGAGCUUUUUGGAAUAGAAGGAAUUCCAAAAUUAAUAUAAUUUGGAAAAACUAAAGAUUUAAAGUACUUGUUUUAUAUAAGUUAGGAAUUUUUUAAUCAUUCCAAUAUUAUAUUGUAGUCUCUAAGAUCUAAGAAAAUCAAAUUAAUUAUCUCUUAGUGCUAUUCUUGCUAUUGGAUUAAGUGUAUUAAGAACUAUAAAGUCAUUUCAUAAAAGAGGAAUCCUUCAUCUUGAUAUUAAACCAGAAAACAUAAUGAUAUCAUCAUCUGAAGUAUUUAACUCAAUAGAAUAAAUACUUACUCCUGGAAAUGUUUAAUUAAUCGAUUUUGGUUUGUCUUAGAAUUUAAGUAAUUCAUAAUUCUUAAAACAUACUUUUAUUGGUUCUUUAAGAUUUGCUAGUCGUCAAUCACAUAAAAUAGAAGAACUUGGUUACAAAGAUGAUAUUGAGAGUCUACUUUAUGUCUUAGCUUAUUUAAGAAAUAGUAUAUUGUUUUAAUAAUAUUAGAAAAUUUACCUUGGUAAUUGCCAUAAUAAUCAGCAAAUCAAUUAAUGGAUAUUAAGAAAAUAGGCGCAAUAAAAGAUUAAACUUAUAAUACUACUUUACUUUCAUAAUCAUUCCCUCCUCAAUUUUAUUAGUUUUAAUUAUAUAUUGAUACUUUAACUCAUUCUUCUUUACCAGAUUAUGAUUACAUAGAAGAAUUAUUCAAAUAAAUGUUAUAAUUCAAUGAAAUUCAAAUAUCUCCACGUUUUCAGGAAUCAAUUACCUAUAUUCAAGAACAAAAGGAUUUAGGAAAUUCAGAAAAUGUAAAAAUGAAUGAAUCUAUAUCAAAACUUGGUGCAGAUACUAGAGUUGUUAUAAUCUCCGAUUUAAUUAAAGCUUACACUACUAUAAAGAUCAAAUCCAUUAAAGAUAUUCAUUUUUGA